AUGGCGUCAGAAAUGAAGGUUUCCGCGCAGUCUCCGGACGCCCUCAUCAAAGCCUCGAGAAUCCUCGACCAGAGCAGCGCCGAGUCCGUUCCCGACACACUCUCGAACCUGUGGCACCUCCUUUCGAGCUCACCAGUUGGCACAUACUACGCCGCGGAGCAGCUCAUACUACGAUGGCUUCUCAAAAACAUGAACGGGUCGUCUGCCUCGGCAGAGCAGUUCCGGCGGUAUCCCAUGGCCUGGAACGUGGUGGCCUGCGUCUUCACCAGAAUACCUCUCUUCGCUCUCCCCAAAUCUCUCGCCGACCGGCGAUUCGUUCAUAUCCUCGAGCAGACCCUCAAGGAACUAUCGAACCCGCAGAACGAGGACGUUGCAUCUUCGGACGUGGAGAUGGCCGAUGGCUCAAGUUCUCCUCCCAAAGGGGAAUCAAAAAAGAGGAAGAGAUCUCCUGAAAUAAAAUUUGACCUCGCAAGUCUUAGGACUUCUUAUGGCUGCUUGAGGACGGCAGACAGUCUGUUCGUUGCCCUCGAGAAGCUCCUGGCCCGGCUCAAGGAAGUGCCAGUCGAUGCACCUUCCAAUGUCCGAAUGGGGGCUGAACACGUCAAAUCGCUAUUUUCUUCGCCCGCCAAAGAAGCUGUCAAAAUCCUCCGGCCAAUUCUAUCUAUCUGCGACCACGCCCUGAACGAGCAGGAAUCAGAAUCAGCCGAGAAUCGACCCUCGUGGAUCACCAUCUUCAGCGGCCUGUGGGAUCUUCAUCUCCAGAGUAGCAGCGAUCCUGUCGAUGUGGCUCUUUCUCUCUAUCCCACGGGCUUCAUAAUCUUGGCCAAGAUGGACCGUUCGAAAGACCUCGUUGUGGACCCUCGCGUCAAGUGGAGCUGGAGGCAAGCUCUCCGACGUUUCUUUAUCAAGAACAUGAUCCUUCCUGCGAGAGCGGCGUUUCUGAAUCGGAAAGACGUGGGUAUCAUACAAGAAGCUGUGAACAUGACCAGUUCCCUGCCGACGGCUUCAUCCCCUGUGCUGUUCAGCCUCGCUGUCUCGCCUUCCGGGACAGCGGAUGAUGCAAGUGGUCGAAAGGAUCGCGAGGACUGGACUCAAAAGGUCUUUGAAAUCAUCGAGGAGGCCAUGCGUACUGCGGAAACUACCAAGCGGAACGAUGCCAUGCAAAUCGUGCUCGACGCGGCCCUGCAGAGCAAGGCUAGCAUCUCCCUAGGUAGCCUCCGCGAAGUCUGCAGGCAGUACACAACAGAGAGUGGCGCAAUUGAUCUAAGUCUCGUGUCUAGAGUGGCGGAUAUCGACGUUGAUGUCUUCAUGAUUUCUGCUGAGGGACAAUCUUUGCUCGACAACACCAUUGGGCAGAUCACAAAUAUGCAUGACGCGGAACUGGAUGCAUCUACUGAGACUGACCUGGUCAAGUUUAUUGUGUCGUUGGCAGAAGGCUCUGCAAAAGCCCGCAAUCUUCCGUGGUUCAUAAGGAAAUGGACCGAGGUCCUGUCGGACAGUUUGGCCAAAGACGAGGACUUCACCUCCGUCAAGGGAAUAUGGUCCAGCGAGCAAAUCGUUCAGGCAGUUGCAAAUCUCCUGCAACCAUCCAUCAACACAUCCCAAUUAACCACGCUCCUCGAGUGGCUGGAGGGUCGCGAGGACUCUUGCAAGAAGGGUUCUCUUCUUGUUGUCAUUGACGCCCUCACCAGGGGCGUGACAGACGAAGAAUUUGUGGACAGUGUCGGAACUCGACUGUUUGACCUCGCUUCCAAAGUUAAACUGAAACACCUCGACGGAUCAAUGCGGGCACGAUGGUGGCGGAUCGUUGAAAGAACGGUCUCGCAGUCAGAAUCAGAGACCGUCAGUGCUCUCUGGAAGAAAGUCGAAUCAGACUUGAAGAAAGCGCUGAAGAAAGAGGACCUGGCAGACCCUGCAGCACUCGCAGCUUUCCGUUGCUGCACAGCAUUCUGGCUGGCAAAUUACCCUAAGGCUGCUGUUGAGUCCGAGACGUCUGCGAUAACCUGGACCUUCCUGAAGAGGCUGCAGAAGGACGAGCAGAAAGUAACGUCGGCAGACAGCUCCAGGUUAUCCUUCUACGAUUCGCGCCGCUUGGUCGAUAUCGCUGCCUACUCAGACUUUAGCAGCGAGUUCCUCGCAGGGCUGCUUGCGUACGUAGACAAGGCGGAACCGUCAAACAGCUCAGUCAGGUCUUUGUUGUUGAAUGAGGCCAGUUUGGGUAACCACAAGUACCUCGGUGCCCUUGUCAGCCAUGCCAUUGGCACGCUUGCACGAGAAGCAGGCGACAAAUCAAAACUCACCAAGCGACAAGUGAACACGGCCAUCCGCAUCUUGCUUGAUUUGCCGUCAGAGGCGCUCAAUCGUGAACAGCGGGAAAAGAUCAUACCAGCGCUACUGCAAUUGGCGAACUUGGGAGAAGCUGAUGCCGAUUCGGAAAUGACAAGAAGCCUCGUAUCCUUGAUGAUCAAAAUCAUGAAGAGCCCAACUUUCUACGAUGGCAUGAAAUUUGCCGAUCUUGUCACACUGGGACAGACCAUCGAGACUGGCAUCAAAUCCAGCAGUGCGAGUGUUCUGGCCACCGAGGACGCUUACACGCUUCUGAAGUUGUUUGAGGCUCUCGCAUCAGUCACCCUCAAACAAAUGACGUCGUCUUGGGAGAAGCGAGACCGAAUCUAUUUUUCGGAGGCUUCCCGCGUCGUGUCAGGCUGGCCUGUGGAGGCUACUAAAGAUGAGGCUCAUCGUUACGUCCUACUGAGAGCGCUGGUCAGCGCCUUCAAGACCCCCCAGGCCAAGCGGCAAGCGCAGACUGUGGUCGAUCCGGCUCAACUCAAGGAGAAAUUGUCCGUGAUGCUCGCAAACUUCCUGGUUUCUAGCGACUUGUAUGACCUCCACGAUGACACAAGGCCGCUGGGACAAGGGAUUUCGACAAGCUUCAGCUGUGUGCUCAUGGAUCAGCUCGAUGUUUUGGACGUGGCUGCUGUUCGGGAUAGCUUUCUACCAUCGAAGGGAAAGCUUGAAAGCCUCAGUGACGAGCUUUGCAGCAAGGGGUUUAAAUCCGGCUGGCGGGUCAAAGAGUUGCUCUUUAAGUCUUUUGGUAAAGACGUCGAGGACCCACUUCACAUAUGUGACGACUUUGCGAUUUGGAAGCCACACGCCGAUAGCUCGGUGCCACGUCUACUGCUCGCCGGUCCACAUGACAUUACCCGGUACGUGGAUGUUGUGCUUAUCUACAUGUAUGACGAGGCAAGAGCUAGCUACGCACGGGCAAUGGGUCAGAAGCUGCGCGAUGGCGAUGCUAUCACUGGCAAUAUCAUCGCCAUACAUCGGCUUCUACAGGCAGAGAACAAAUCCUCACUUGGAACUUUUACGGACCUGAUAGACUGGACCGAAGUCCAACAUGUGCUCACGAAACGACUACCUAAAGCAAGAAAUUGGGCCGAGUUCGCAGUCAUUGCCAAGACAGUAGAAAUGGUCCUCGACAAGAAACCCAUGAAGCAAUGGAAUAUCGAGGUCACGCUGAGCACCGUAUCCACGAUCUGCUCCACCGGGCCAACGAUGACAGAAGACGCCCACGCCUCCGAGAAGGCUUACCCCUGGCUCUGCAGCCUCGUCGAAGUCAUCAUCAAGCGACACCGCCACCGACUCGAAGGACAUUUCCACCUGCUCAUCACAGCCCUCCAGUCCCUACUCCGCCUCCUCAUCAUCCCCUGGCCGACGACCGCUGCCACCACCAGUACUACCAGCACGACGUCCUCGCCCGACCAGCAGGCCCAAGCCGCCCGCUUCUCCCGCCUCCUGACCCUCACCUGCGAGCCGAGCGUCGCCUCCGUGACGCGUGGCCACGCCCCCGGCGCGCUGGACUCUGCGCCCGACGCGGCCAAGAAGUCGGCCGCCCAGCACAUGUACCUGGUGCUGGUGCUGUACGUGAAGCUGCAGCUGGAGCGCCCCGUGCCGCGGGCGGUGCGCGCCGCCCUCGACCCGGGCGUGUACUCGGUGCUGGACAUCACGACGCCCGAGGGCAGGCGGGUCAUCAACGAGGCCGUCGACGCGAGCGGGCGCGCCAUCUUCCGGGAGAUGUAUAAGCAGUAUGUCAGGUUUGGGAAGUGGAAUGGGGUUUAA